CUCUUCAUUUUCUUUCUUUUGCAGACAUAGGCCGGCGGAACUUACAAAAAUUGGGGUUAUCUUUUCUGAUCUUGUUUUAAAUGGAUCUUCCAAAACGGCGUUUAUGUCUAAGCUACCUGUUAUAUAAUCUCCAUGUGCAAUUGUUCUUAGAACACUAUAGAAGAAAUUCUAUCUCACCCUUAACUUUGGGAUUGGAGAAGAAUGGAAAGGUUGUCGUAGUUGGGAACUAUCUUCGAAGUAGAUUCAUUUCUCUCUGGUCGACAGCUUUCUUAAAAAAUCUUUAUCAACGGGAAGCUCAAAGGAGGUCGAAAUGGAUGAGAAGUCAGUUUCCCUUCAUGCUGUUAACCGGGAGGCUGUUGAUCUGGAGAACAUCGAUCUUGAAGGAGUUUUUGAAAAUCUUAAAUGCACACGAGAAGGGCUGAGUUCUGAAGCAGUUGAAGAGCGUUUGAAACUGUUCGGGUACAACAAGCUUGAAGAGAAGAAGGAAAGUAAAAUAUUGAAGUUCUUGGGGUUUAUGUGGAACCCUCUAUCAUGGGUCAUGGAAGCCGCAGCAAUUAUGGCUGUUGCUCUUACACAACCAGGGGAAAAACCUGCCGAUUACCAUGAUUUUGCUGGUAUCAUGGUGCUACUUAUUGUCAAUUCUACCAUCAGCUUUAUUGAGGAAAACAAUGCUGGUAAUGCUGCUGCGGCUCUUAUGGCUGGAUUGGCUCCAAAAGCGAAGGUCCUACGUGAUGGGAAAUGGAACGAGGAAGACGCUGCGGUGUUGGUUCCUGGAGACAUAGUUAGUAUUAAACUCGGAGACAUUAUUCCUGCAGAUGCUCGGCUUCUUGAAGGAGAUCCCUUAAAAAUCGAUCAGUCUGCUCUUACUGGAGAAUCACUUCCAGUGACCAAGAAUCCUGGUGACGGGGUUUACUCUGGUUCAACAUGUAAGCAAGGUGAAAUAGAGGCCGUGGUUAUUGCAACAGGAGUUCAUACAUUCUUUGGGAAAGCAGCACAUCUUGUGGAAAACACUACGCAUAUCGGGCAUUUCCAAAAGGUUUUAACAUCUAUUGGGAACUUUUGCAUUUGCUCAAUUGCUAUCGGGAUGCUAAUUGAAAUAAUCGUAAUAUGGGGGAUUCAAAAGAGAUCAUAUCGUGCUGGUAUUGACAGUCUACUUGUGCUACUCAUUGGUGGGAUCCCAAUUGCAAUGCCCACCGUUCUUUCUGUAACCAUGGCCAUUGGUUCCCACCGCUUAUCUCAGCAGGGAGCCAUCACAAAGAGAAUGACUGCUAUCGAGGAAAUGGCUGGAAUGGACGUGCUAUGUAGUGAUAAGACUGGUACAUUGACUCUUAACAAGCUGACGGUGGACAAGUCUAUGAUUGAGGUUUUCUCGAAAGGUGUCGACAAGGAUAUGGUUGUCCUGAUGGCUGCUAGAGCUUCGAGAUUGGAGAACCAAGAUGCUAUUGAUACUGCAAUUGUAUCAAUGCUGGCAGACCCAAAAGAGGCACGGGCAGGGAUCAAAGAAGUUCACUUCCUCCCAUUCAAUCCAACUGAUAAAAGGACAGCACUAACGUACACAGACAAAGCUGGUAAAAUGCACAGAGUGAGCAAAGGUGCACCUGAGCAGGUUCUAAAUCUAGCACGUAACAAAUCAGAGAUUGAAAAGAAGGUCCAUGCAAUAAUUGAUAAAUUUGCCGAACGUGGACUUCGGUCACUUGGGAUUGCUCGACAGGAAGUACCUGCUGGUAGUAAAGACAGUCCUGGUGGCCCCUGGGAAUUUGUUGCUCUUCUCCCGCUGUUUGAUCCUCCUCGACAUGAUAGUGCUGAAACUAUUAGAAGAGCUUUGGAUCUUGGAGUUAGUGUAAAGAUGAUUACAGGUGACCAAUUGGCGAUUGCGAAGGAAACAGGGAGACGGCUUGGCAUGGGAACUAAUAUGUAUCCGUCAUCAGCUCUGCUUGGUGACAAUAAAGAUGAGUCAGUUGCAGCUAUACCAAUCGACGAACUCAUUGAGAAGGCUGAUGGUUUUGCUGGAGUCUUUCCUGGUAUACUAGUCCUCUUGUUAUGUUCUUUCCUGCAGUGCAACUUGGAUGUUAGUUCUUAUCCUAUUUUUCUUUUUCCAGAGCAUAAGUAUGAGAUUGUCAGAAAACUACAAGAUCUGAAACACAUCUGUGGAAUGACGGGUGAUGGAGUCAAUGAUGCGCCAGCUUUGAAGAAGGCUGACAUUGGUAUCGCGGUGGCAGAUUCCACAGAUGCUGCUCGAAGUGCUUCUGACAUUGUGCUUACGGAGCCCGGGCUAAGUGUAAUAAUUAGUGCAGUUCUAACAAGUCGUGCAAUCUUCCAGAGGAUGAAAAAUUAUACGAUAUAUGCCGUAUCUAUCACUAUACGUAUCGUGUUGGGAUUCAUGCUAUUGAACAUACUGUGGAGAUUUGAUUUUCCACCAUUCAUGGUUCUUGUCAUUGCGAUUCUUAAUGAUGGUACUAUAAUGACAAUAUCCAAAGACAGAGUUAAGCCUUCUCCAUUUCCCGACAGUUGGAAACUUAGUGAAAUUUUUGCAACUGGAGUUGUCAUUGGUGCAUAUCUGGCUCUAAUGACCGUCAUUUUUUUCUACCUAGCUUAUGAGACUAGCUUCUUCGCGAAAAUUUUCAAUCUGACAGACUUCAACAAACACCGCUUUGAUACAACUAUUAAGGAGCAAGCUGAUCCAAUCAACCAAAUGCUGGCUUCCGCAGUAUAUCUUCAAGUCAGCACCAUUAGCCAGGCUUUGAUCUUCGUUACUCGUUCCAGGGGGUGGUCGUUUACUGAACGACCUGGUUUUCUGCUUUGUGUUGCCUUCCUCAUUGCUCAACUAAUUGCUACUGUAAUAUCCGCUACUGUUACCUGGGAAAUUGCUGGGAUAAGAAAGAUCGGUUGGGGUUGGACAGGUGUUAUUUGGUUAUACACUAUUCUGACUUACUUUCUGCUUGACCCUAUCAAAUUUGCUGUCCGCUAUGCACUCAGUGGAGAAGCUUGGGAUUUGAUGGUUAAUCAGAGGACGGCAUUCACAAACCGAAAGGACUUCGGUAAGGAAGCUAGGGAGGCAAAAUGGGCUACAGAGCAGAGGACACUCCACGGUCUGAAGUCUGGAGAAGCAAAGCUGUUCUUAGACCGACACCACACCUUUAGAGACAUUAAUCAAAUGGCCGAGGAAGCUAAAAGACGUGCAGAAAUUGCAAGGAUGAGGGAAAUUCACACACUUAAAGGCAAGGUUGAAUCCAAUGCCAAGCUCAGGGGAUUAGAUAUCGAUUCAAUCCACUCUCAUUACACGCUCUGAUAAUGCCCAUAUUGAUCAACUCGUUUUUCCACUUCUUUUCUUUUUCUUUAUUAUUUGUGUGUGUAUGUUUUUGUUUUCCUCUUUCUUUCUUUUUUGGGGUUUAUAGUUCUGUGUUUCCCCUUUCUGUGGAUGAUUCCAUAUAAUCUCAGUUGUUUUAUCACUUAAUAAAAAAAUUCAAUAAAGUGCUUCUCAUUGGUUCUAUUGAGUCUA